AUGCUGGAGGAAGCGGGCGAGGUGUUGGAGAAUAUGCUGAAGGCGUCGUGCCUGCCUCUCGGCUUCAUCGUCUUCCUGCCCGCGGUGCUGCUGCUCGUCGCACCACCGCUGCCCGCCGCCGAUGCGGCGCACGAGUUCACCGUGUACCGCAUGCAGCAGUACGAUCUGCAGGGGCAACCCUACGGCACGCGGAACGCGGUGCUCAACACAGAGGCGCGCACCAUCGACGCGGACGUGCUCAGCCGGCGCUGCGUGCUCGUGCGACUGCUGGACUUCUCGUAUGAGCGCUACCAGCGCGCCCUGCGCCAGUCUGCCGGCGCUGUGAUCAUCAUCCUGCCGCGGACCAUGGCCGCUGUGCCGCAGGACGUCGUCCGGCAAUUCAUGGAGAUUGAGCCCGAGAUGCUGGCCAUGGAGACCAUCGUUCCCGUGUACUUUGCCGUAGAGGACGAUGCCUUGCUGUCCAUCUACGAGCAGACGCAGGCCGCCUCCGCCUCCCAGGGCUCCGCCUCUGCCGCUGAAGUGCUGCUCCACACCGCCACCGCCAACGGCUUCCAGAUGGUCACCAGCGGGGUCCAGAGCAAGGCCGUGAGCGACUGGCUCAUCACCAGCGUGGAGGGGCGGCUGACUGGGCUGGGUGGAGAGGACCUGCCCACCAUCGUCAUCGUGGCCCACUACGAUGCCUUCGGGGUGGCCCCGUGGCUGUCGCACGGCGCGGACUCCAACGGGAGUGGUAUCUCGGUGCUGCUGGAGCUCGCCCGCCUCUUCUCCAGGCUGUACACCUACAAGCGCACCCACGCCGCGUACAACCUCCUGUUCUUUGCUUCCGGAGGAGGGAAGUUUAACUACCAGGGCACCAAGCGCUGGCUGGAAGACAACCUGGACCACACAGAUUCCAGCCUGCUUCAGGAUAACGUGGCCUUCGUCCUCUGCCUGGACACUGUGGGCCGGGGGGACAGCCUCCACCUGCACGUGUCCAAGCCGCCCAGGGAGGGGACGCUGCAGCAUGCCUUCCUGCGGGAGCUCGAGACGGUGGCCGCCCACCAGUUCCCCGAGGUGCGGUUCUCCAUGGUGCACAAGAAGAUCAACCUGGCUGAGGAUAUCCUGGCCUGGGAGCAUGAGCGCUUCGCCAUCCGCCGGCUGCCCGCCUUCACCCUGUCCCACCUGGAGAGCCACCGUGAUGGCCAGCGCAGCAGCAUCAUGGACGUGAGGUCUCGAGUUGACUCAAAAACCCUUACCCGAAACACGAGGCUCAUUGCUGAGGCCCUGACCCGCGUCAUCUACAACCUGACAGAGAAGGGAACGCCCCCGGACAUGCCGGUCUUCACGGAGCAGAUGCAGAUCCAGCAGGAACAGCUGGACUCGGUGAUGGACUGGCUGACCACCCAGCCACGGGCCGCCCAGCUAGUGGACAAGGACGGCACGUUCCUCAGCACGCUGGAGCACUACCUCAGUCGCUACCUGAAGGAGGUCAAGCCGCACCACGUCAAGGCCGACAAGCGGGACCCCGAGUUUGUCUUCUACGACCAGCUGAAGCAGGUGAUGAACGCCUACAGGGUCAAGCCAGCCAUCUUCGACCUGCUCCUGGCCGUCUGCAUUGGUGCCUACCUCGGGAUGGCCUACACGGCAGUCCAGCACUUCGACCUCUUAUACAAAACUGUUCAGAGACUGCUGAAGGCCAAGACGCAGUGA